AUGACUUCAGAAACAUCUAAACCAUCUCAUCUCGAUCCGUCAGCUCUCGGUACAAAGGAAUACUGGGAUAACCUCUACAAUCGCGAAAUCUCAAAUCAUGCUCUAGACGCCACAGAUGUCGGCACGAUAUGGUUUGAUGACUCGUCUGCGGAAGACAAGGUUGUGGAUUUUUUGAAUGAGGAGAUUAUUGGGAAGGAUCUACUGGGGCUGGGGGAGGGAAGGAGGAGGGGCGAUCUCAGCUUAUUGGAUUUGGGGACGGGGAAUGGUCAUUUUUUGGUUAGGUUGAGGGAGGAUGAGGAAGGGGAUAGUGAGGAGGAAGAGGGGGGGGAAGAGGAAGAGGGGAAAGGAAUUGAGAAUGUGGGAAAUAAAUGGAUUGGUAGGAUGAUGGGUGUGGAUUAUUCGGAGAGAUCCAUUGAGUUUGCGAGGCGGAUUGCGGAAGAUAAACGAGAGGAAAAGGAGAACGAAGAUCAAGCAGAUGCAAACGGAAAAGAGGAACCGGAAAUCGAAUUCAUCACUUGGGACAUAAUGAAAGAAGACCCGUCUCCGAAAGUGCUAAAUGGAAAACAGACCAAGGGAUGGGAUAUAGUACUUGAUAAAGGGACAUUUGAUGCAAUUAGUUUGUCGGAGGAGACAGAUACGAAUGGGAAGAGAAUUUUCGAGGGGUAUAAGGAGAAAGUGUUAGCCUUGGUGCGGGUGGGUGGGGUGGCGGUCGUGACGAGUUGUAAUUGGACGGAGGGGGAGUUGAUAGAGUGGUUUGUGGGGAAGGGCCGAGAGGAGGAGGGUGAGAGGUUCGAUGUUUUGAGGAAAAUUGAGUAUAGGAGUUUUAGUUUUGGAGGGGUGAAGGGUCAAACGACAUCGAUCAAUGAACUCUUCGUCAACCUCGAUCGCAAGCCCACCACAGUAUUCCAAACCAUUUCAAAUUACCAAAUCGCACGCAAAAAAUGGCGCCAGUCAAUAACGCUGAUCAAAGCGUCGUGGCGAGUGAGUUCUCUACAAUACAAUUCCUCCUCCCCAAUACAAGCUACUAACCCCCUCCCCGCAGCCCAAAUCAAAAAUGUCAUCCAAGACCUCUACGAAAUCAUGGUACAAGUCAACAACUACGAUAACGCCGGACGACCCACGCGGGAAACUCUCGAGAAAUCCCUGCUCAACCUCUCCGAAUCCCUCCAACUAGUUUCGCGCAUCACUGUUCCUGCGGGGGCCCCCACCGGAACCCCCAAGAUCGAUAGCGUUGCUGGAAAGGGAACGGAUCUCCCGUGGGUGCCGGCGGAUCUCAUUCAAUAUGUGGAUAAUGGACGGAAUCCAGAUAUUUAUACGCGGGAGUUUGUGGAGGCGGCGAGGAAAAAUAAUCAGUUGAUGAGGGGGAAGAUGCAGGCGUUUGCGGGGUUUAGGGAUGUGUUGGCGGGGGAGAUGGGGAAGGUUUUUCCGGAGUUGGAGGAGGAUGUUAGGAUGGUGGUGGAGGCUACUAGUUAUGAUGGGGAGGUGGGAAAGUGA